CGCGAACUGCUAUAUAAAGUCCGCUCCAAGUUGAACCUGGCCAUCAGUUGAAACAACCUCUUCUCUAGAGCAACGAAGUCUCAACACUCAUCAUGAAGUUGAUCAGUCUCGCACUGGCUCUCCUGCUGGUCUUGUCCGCCGUCCUGUCGCCCAGCCAAGCCUCGCCGGACGCCCGAGCAGACCCGAAUCCAUUUUUCUUCAAAAAGAAGAAGUAUGGCUAUGGCAGCUAUGGCUAUGGCGGCUAUGGCCACGGCGGUUAUGGCCACGGCGGUUAUGGCGGUUAUGGCCACGGCGGAUAUGGCAGUUAUGGCCACGGCGGAUAUGGCGGUUACGGCAUAAGGAAAUACUGGUGAAGGAAGAGACUUGCUCUACAGAAUACAAUUAUCUCGUCGAAAACUAUUAAAUAAAACUAACUAAGCCAAGUUGUUA